UGUAAAACUACGUUAAACCCAUGAGUAAGCAGUGAGAUUGAACUUCAGAAUUAAUUGAGCAUGGACAUAUAAUUUACUAUAAAAAAAAAAAAAACACUCAAACCAUGAUAUUCUGAGCAGGAUCCUAUAGCGAGUAACCUUAUAGCGCCCCUUAUAAUGCGCAAUCCCAGCCGUUCAUCACGAUAAUCAAUGGUUUAAAUAUGUUUGUUAUCUUUUACCGGCAAAAGCUAGCAACAAAUUUAAACCAUCGACUGAGAAAACGGACGGUCCAGAAGAUCACUGCACCCCUGUAGUGACUUGCUAGUCACUGCAGGGUCUCCCGGUCCACAUGAUAUUAUGAACCAAAGUGAACAUUGGAUCAAGCCGCCCACGAAGGAGGGGGGCCCAGAAAACAACCUUUAACCAAAGGGAACCAGAACUCAAAAAAAAUAUCCAGAAAGAAGAAAGCAUCAUAUAUUGCUACUGUAUAAAAUAGGGGCAUAUUUCAUCGACUUCUUCUUGUGGACUCAUUCACUCACUCACUGAUUCACAAAAACCAAAACAACAAAUGGCAUUCCAAAGCAUAGUCCCAGAAGUAACUCUGAGUUCAGGCCAAAAAAUGCCAGUUUUGGGCUUGGGCACAGCAACUUUUCCACUGGUGGCUUCAGAAAUUGUGGUGCAAGCAGUGGUCCAGGCAAUUGAGCUUGGGUACAGGCACUUUGACACUGCUCCUGUUUACCAAACUGAGUCAACGCUUGGUGAUGCCAUUCAAGAAGCUAUCCGAGUUGGGUUGAUCAAGUCUCGAGCUGAGGUUUUCCUCACUUCCAAGCUGUGGUGCAGUGAUGCACAUCCCCAUCUUGUUGCCCCUGCUCUUCAAACUGCCCUCAGGAAUUUGAAGACAGAGUACCUUGAUCUGUAUCUCAUACACUGGCCUCUGAGCAUGAAGCAUGGGAUUAUUGAGUACCCACCCAAACCAGAAGACUUUCUCCCCUUGGACAUCAAGUCUGUUUGGGCAGAAAUGGAAGAAUGCCAGAGGCUAGGCCUCACCAAAUCCAUUGGAGUCAGCAAUUUCUCCUGUAAGAAACUUGGCAACCUCCUCGCCUUCGCUACCAUCCCUCCUGCCGUCAAUCAGGUGGAAUUAAACCCGUGUUGGCAACAAAAGAAGCUGAGAGAUUACUGCAAGGCCAAUGGAAUCAUUGUAGCAGCUUUCUCUCCUCUUGGAGCAGUUGGAACCAGGUGGGGCCAUAACAGAGUUAUGGAGUCUGAGGUUCUAAAGGAUAUUGCAGAGGGCAAGGGGAAGACUGUUGCUCAGAUUUGCCUGAGAUGGGGGUACGAACAAGGGAUCGUUGUAGUGAUGAAGAGCUUCAACAAGGAAAGGCUGCAGCAAAACCUCGCGAUUUUCGACUGGGCUUUGAGUGACGAGGAUUGUAAGAAGAUUGGCGAAAUCCCCCAAUGCAGAGGUGUCACCGCAGAGGAGUUCAUUGAUGGCAACGGACCUUUCAAGUCAAUUGACGAGCUGUGGGAUGGUGAAAUCUGAAUCUAUUUUUUUCGCUUCGUUUCCUUUCCUAUAUCAGCUUGUAAAAACUUAAUUUCCAGUCUUCAUAAACAUGAUGAUCACACUUUUUUUUACGAAAAAGUGUGACCCAAAUUGUGUUUGCGUAAGUGCAUGUGCAUGUAUCUCGUAUGAUAAUGUAUUUUGUUCUAUGUUUUAGUAAAAUUUCGAAAUUUCACAUGGCA